AACAAGCAACAAUUGUUGAAACUGGUUGAAACACCGAGUGACCAUAAAAUAAUGACAGAAACUUGUAAAAUAAAUAUUAAUAAUACAAAAAAAUUAAAUGAGUUGGAAAAUAAACAACGUAUUAUUGACAAAGCACCGUUUGAUCAUCUGAAAAUAGAUGAUCCAAGUGUUUUGGAUGAUGUUCAAGGCAGAGAAAUAUGUGGAAAAUGUUUUAAAUCACGUAAAUUCUUCUGUUACACUUGCUACACUCCAGUAAUUGACUCCAAGUAUUUUCCACGUGUUAAGGUAUAUUGUAAGGUUAUAUUUAUAUGUAUUGAUAUAAUUAAGCAUCGUAAGGAAAUAGAGGGAAAAAGUACAGCUAUUCAUGCUGCUAUUUUAGCUCCAGAAGAUGUUACUAUUUAUAUCUAUCCAGACUUUCCAAUUUUUACACCUAAUGAUAAGGUAGUAUUAAUAUUUCCCGGUAAAAAUGCUAUUAGUAUUGAUGAUUUAUUGUCGAAAAGAUUGAAUAAAGAAAAUAAAUCUGAUGACACAGAAACAGAAGACGAUUAUUAUCCAAUAACUCGAGCAAUAUUUAUUGAUAGUACCUGGCAACAAACCAAGUCAAUUUACAAGGAUCCAAGACUUCGUGAACUUCCUUGUGUAGUUUUCAGCUCUAGAAUAUCACAAUUUUGGAGGCAUCAAAAGAAAAGUCCUCGCUGGUAUUUGGCGACUAUUGAGGCAGUUCAUACAUUUUUAGUUGAAUUGCAUACAAAAACAUAUGGCGCUAUCGAAAAUUACAAUAUUAAACAAGUAAAUACAGAUGAUGAAAAAUACUCUGGCCAAUAUGAUAAUUUAUUGUACAUUUUUAAAUAUAUGUAUCAUAAAAUACAUACUAUUUAUGACCAUGAUCAGUUACGAGCUUAUAAAAGACCAUUGAUAUAA